AUGGCUGAAUCCACAAGCACAGUGGUAAUUCUUUUGAUUGGGAUUCUGUGCAUUGCAAUCAUCCAACAGAGUUGCAGCAUUAAUGUUGACGUCUUCUGCAGCCCAUCAGAGAGAGAAGCUCUUUUGAACUUCAAAAAAGGUCUGAAAGAUUCUUCAAAUAGGCUCUCAUCUUGGGACUGGAAUGGAAGCGAAGAUUGUUGCAGCUGGGAAGGAGUAGGCUGUGACAACAGAACUGGACAUGUUGUUCGGCUGGAACUUCAGAACCCAUAUGCAGAUGGGUACGAUGAAAAAUACUAUGAAACCUAUGAGAGGUGUAAGAUAGGUGGUGAGAUAAAUUCUCACUUGCUAGAGUUGAAACAUCUCAAGCAUUUGGAUCUUAGUAGUAAUGAUUUUGGAGGAAGCCGGAUCCCAGAGUUCCUUGGCUCAUUCCAAAGUCUGGAAUACCUGAAUCUCUUUGAUUCUGGUUUUGUUGGCAAGGUUCCUCAUCAGCUUGGAAAUUUGUCUAAUUUGCAGUAUCUUGAUAUGGGAAAUGGAUACUUGUUACAUGUUGAAGAUCUUCAGUGGCUUUCUCAUCUUUCCUCUCUUCAUUACCUAGACAUGAGUUCAGUAAACCUGAGUAAGGCCUCUGAUUACUGGUUGCAGGUAACAAAUACACUUCCUCGUUUAUUUGAGCUACGCUUGUGCUUCUGCCAACUUGCCACCAUUCCACCUCUCCCCCACGUUAAUAUUACUUCUCUUACCGCCCUCGAUCUUUCAGUCAAUAGCUUUAGUUCUAGUAUACCAGAUUGGGUGUAUUAUUCUGGCAAUCUUGUGUACCUCGAUCUUAGCUCAAACCAUUUUAGAGGUACAAUUUCGAGUGCAAUUGGUAACCUUACUUCACUCAAGGAAUUGCAUUUGCAAUUCAAUAACCUUGAGGGGGAUAUCCCUGAAACGUUGAGAAAUCUCUGCAACCUACAGAGAUUAGACUUGUCAAAUAAUAGACUUAAAGGAGAUAUAUCUCAAUAUUUAGGAGGUUCAUCAAUGUGCUGGAAACUGUCUAAUUACAUGAAUCAAUCCAAUGAGACUGUUCCCAAAAGCAUUGGGCAUCUUUCAAAGCUAGAGCAUUUCAUCAUCUCUGAAAACUCCUUCAGUGGUGUUCUGUCAGAAGUUCACUUUGCCCAACUCACUAGAUUGAAAACACUAGAAGCAUCUUCAAACUCAGUGGUUUUGAAUGUGAGCACUGGUUGGAUUCCUCCAUUCCAACUCGAGAACUUGGAUAUGGGAUUUUGGGAAUUGGGCCCUCAGUUCCCUGCAUGGCUUCAGACACAAAAGGAUUUCAUUAGUUUAAACUUCUCCGAAGUAGGAAUUUCAGAUACCAUUCCUAAUUGGUUUUGGAAUUUGUCCUCGCGAUUUCACUAUAUAGAUCUCUCUUAUAACCAAAUCUAUGGUGAAUUUCCUGGAUUAUUGAACACUAAUUCUGUUGAUGCAAAAGUCUUUUUGGAUCACAAUUACCUUCGUGGUUCACUACCCCGUUUCUCUCCCAACAUCACUCAAGUGCUCCUCUCCAAGAACUUAUUCUCUGGAUCUAUUUCCCAUUUCCUUUGUGAUAAGAUGAUGGAAACAAGUAACCUGAUUAUUCUUGAUCUUUCAGACAAUCUUCUUUCAGGAGAAAUUCCUGACUGUUGGAUGAAUUGCCCUUUCUUGGAGGUGAUAAACUUGGGGAAUAAUAAUCUGAGUGGGAAGCUUCCAAUCUCCAUUGGUUCUCUAACAUUACUCCAGUCACUACACUUGCUUAACAACAAUCUGAUGGGAGAAUUGCCUUCAUCAUUGAAGAAUUGCACAUCUCUAAUCACCCUUGAUAUUGGUGAGAACAGAUUUUCUGGAAGGAUACCAUUGUGGAUAGGACAAAAUUUAUCAUUUAUCUUGUUCCUCAGUUUACGUUCUAACAACUUCAGUGGUAGAAUUCCUCCAGAACUGUGUUAUCUCAAUAGUCUUCAAAUUAUAGACCUUUCAGAAAACAAUUUGUCAGGAUCCAUACCACACUGCUUUGGAAACUUCAAAUACAUGGCCUCAAAUCAAGAGUACCUGUUUCAGCAUGUUGAUUUCGAGAAUGACAAUGUAGAAUAUGUGGAGACAACUCCAUUAGUGGAAAAAGGAAAGGUAUUUGAUUAUGGUAUGAUUCUAAACCUUGUGACAAGCAUGGACCUUUCAAACAAUAAGUUGUCAGGAGAAAUCCCAGAUCAACUUACGGAUCUUUCUAGUCUGCAAAACCUGAAUCUUUCUCUAAAUUUCUUGGUGGGGAAGAUCCCCAAGAAGAUUGGUAACAUGAAAUCACUAGAAUCUCUUGAUUUCUCAAGAAACCAUCUUUCAGGUGUCAUUCCUCAGAGCAUGUCAAAUUUAACCUUCUUGGGUUACUUGAACUUGUCAUAUAAUGAUUUGUCAGGAAGAAUUCCUUCAGGCACCCAGAUUGAAGGCUUUAAUGCAUCUAGUUUUUUUGAAAACCCACGACUUUGUGGUUUACCACUGAAAAAAACCUGCAGCAAUCCAGGCAACCAUGAGACGCAAGCUCCAAAGCCUAGAAGCGAAGGAAAUGGGGACAGUAUUUGCUUUGGGAUGAUUGAAAUGUAUCCUUUUGCAAUUGCAUUGGGAUUCGUCCUAGGUUUUUGGGGAGUUUUUGGUCCUGUGAUAUUCAAAGUAGCGUUUGGGCGUGCUUAG